AUGCCCUCUUUCCGCCAGUUGACUCAGGCGGCUUCUUUAGCAACUAUCGCCGUCCGAGCGACCAACUCUUCAUCCUCUCUUGAUGAACUCUGUACCACCGCCAAUGUCCAAGCGGCUCUUCCUCCCAAUGGGACCUUUCUCGGUAUUGAGAUCUACCCCGACUCAGUGACUGCGGCCGUCACCACCGCGUCUAGCGCAGGUUCUGGGGGUGGGAUGAUGGCCAAGCGAGACGGUCCCACAAACUCGACUUCCUCGGCCACUUCCUCCAGCUCGACUUCCACCUCCACCUCCUCAUCCUCCACUUCUUACUGCAACGUUACUCUCUCUUAUACUCACGCCGGUUCGAGCGACACUGUCAAUUUGGUCUACGCUUUCCCUGCCCCCGAUGACUACAAAAGCCGAUUCUACGUUGGCGGUGGUGGUGGUUACUCACUCAACUCGGACGCUACGGGUGGUCUCGAUUAUGGUGCGGCCUCCGGUGUCACUGAUGGUGGCUACGACGCCUUCAAUUACAGCUACGAUGAGAAGGCUCUACUUGCCAACGGUACUGUAGACUGGCAAGCCGCUCACAUGUUCGGGUAUCAAGCUUUGGGCGAGAUGACCAAGAUUGGCAAAUACAUCACACCCAACUUCUACGGCGUCGACAACUCUACCAAGGUCUACACUUACUAUUCAGGCUGUUCCGAUGGUGGUCGAGAAGGUAUGAGUCAGGUCCAACGAUACGGUUCAGAGUACGAUGGUGUCAUCGCUGGAGCUCCAGCUUUCCGUUUCGCCCAACAGCAAGUCCUGCACGUUUACCCUGCCGCGGUCGAGCAAGUCCAAAACUACUUUCCAGCCCCCUGUGCCAUCGCCAAGAUUGUCAACGCCACCAUCGAGGCUUGUGACUCGCUUGACGGUCGAUCUGACGGUGUAGUUUCUCGAACCGACCUCUGCCAGCUCAACUUCAACCUGAGUAGCGUCAUUGGCCAGUCGUACUAUUGUGCGGCAGAAAGCAGCUCUUCUCUCGGUUUCGGUUUCAGCAAGCGAGCCCAGGGAAGCUCAUCCAGCACCACUCCGGAACAGAACGGCACGAUCACCGCCGAGGACGUCGCUGUGGCUCAAGCCGUCUACGAUGGUCUCUUCAAUUCCGCCGGCGAACAAGCUUAUCUCUCCUGGCAAAUCACCGCUGACAUCUCCGAUGCCGAUACCACCUACAACAAUGAGACCGAAUCUUGGGAGCUCAGCAUCCCCUCCACUGGCGGUCUUUAUGUUCGAAAAUUUGUUGAGCUCCUGGAUCUCGAUAACCUUGAUAAUCUCGAUGGUGUCACCUACGACACUUUGGUCGAAUGGAUGCAGACCGGCUUCGAGCGAUUCUACGAUACUCUGCAGACCACUUACCCCGAUCUUACCGAGUUCCAGUCCAAUGGCGGCAAGCUCAUUCACUACCACGGUGAAUCUGAUCCGUCGAUCCCUGCUGGAUCAUCCGUUCACUAUUGGCAGUCUGUCAGGGAAUGGAUGUACCCCGGUGUGGACACCACCGAGGCUGAGGAGCAAAUGAAGGAGUGGUAUCAGUUCUACCUCGUUCCAGGAGCUGCUCACUGCGGUGCCAACUCUCUGCAACCUGGACCCUACCCUUCCGGGUCAAGCUUGAUGAGCCAGAUUAUCAACUGGAUCGAAAACGGUGAGGCUCCUGCCGGUCUCAACGCAACCGUCUCUUCCGGUGACUACUCGGGAGAGACCCAAGAGCUUUGUAUGUUCCCUACUCGACCCCUCUGGUCUUCCAACUCCACCUUUGAUUGUGUCACCGACGACGAAGGAAAUGCAACUUGGGACCACUCCUUCACCGCUUUCAAACAGGCCGUUUACUAG